ACAAAACGCCGCCGGACUUGACCCGACUCCAACUUAAACCUGGGGUUUGAAAUCCAGUCCAUAAAUAUGAGAUGAAUCCAACUCUCAAAGCCACCGAAAUUUCCUCAGAAUGGCAAGCCAAAAGGAAAAAAAGCUCGUCGAUGAGGUCUCGGGAUGGCUCCAAAUUUUCUCCGACGGGUCCGUCGAUCGCGCCUGGACCGGCCCGGACGAAGUGAAGCCCCUCAUCAUGCCCGUCCCUCCUUCCAACGACGCUUUCGCAGAUGGUGUGGCCACCAAACACGUUGUAGUUGACCAAGAAAAUGGCGUCUGGAUCAGGAUUUAUUUGCCUCGUACGGCACUGGAGAGAGAGGCAAAUAAUAAAUUGGGCGUGGUGAUCCAUUUUCAUGGCGGCGGUUUCUGCGUGAGCCGUGCAGACUGGCAAAUGUACAAUCAUUUCUACUCGCGACUCGUAACGGCCUCCAACGUGAUCUGCGUCUCCGUGGACUUCAGGCUCGCUCCCGAGCACCGACUCCCGACGGCGAUUGACGACUGUUUCGCCGCCGUUGCGUGGCUCGGAAAAGUUGCUCGCCGGGAAAAGGAGGAAUCUUGGCUCGCUCAGUAUGCAGAUUUUGAGCGUUGCGUGUUGAUCGGCGACAGUUCCGGAGGGAAUCUGGUGCACCACGUUGCCGUAAAGGCCCUGGCUUGUGAAGAAGAGCUCCGCCCCCUUUGUGUGCUGGGGGGCGUGCCCUUACACCCAGGGUUUGUACGGCCGGAGCGCAGCAAAUCCGAGGCUGAAAUUCCGCCUGAUUCGGCGCUUUUGACGCUGGAGAUGGUGGACAAGUUCCUCAGCCUUUCUUUGCCCGUGGGGAGCACUAAAGAUCACCCCAUAACGAACCCGAUGGGUGAGCAGGCUCCGCCAUUGGAGAAGCUCAAAUUUCCUCCUUUUCUUGUGGGCAUUGCGAACAGAGAUCUGAUUCGGGAUACAGAGAUGGAAUAUUGUGAGGCCAUGAGAAGCGCAGGGCAUGAGGUGGAAACUUUCGUGUCAGAGAACGUGGGUCACUGCUUUUAUCUGAACCAGCUUGCCAUCAAUUUUGAUCCACAUGUUGCUAAUGAGACCGCUAAACUUCUGGAGGGUAUCGACCGCUUCAUCAGUCGUUGUUUUGCUAAAUAAGUAUCUGGACCACAGUUGCUCAAAGUUGGCGGUCAAUUUCCCGGUUUUAGUAUGGAACCCUGUGUCUUUCAUGGCCCUGCUGCUUUUCCGUUGGCAAAAUUUCUUCCUGAAACUUAGGACUACUGUUUAGCCAGUGGCAUAAUCAGUUUCGUCAUUUUUUUUAAACCAUUGAAGAACGUUAUGGGUAUCCCUGCUUUUCAAUAAUAUUCUCUUGAAUCAAGAAAAAGCUGUCAUGAUAUGAUAUUCUGUAAUAUGUUUGUCGGCUUUUCUUUAUUGAAAAAAUUGUAUCAAGAAACAGCUGUCAUGAAAUUAGAAGUACAUUUGUAGGCUUUUCUUCAUUGAAAAAUUUGUGUCAACAAACAGCUGUCAUGAUAUUAUCAGUAAGUUUCUGCAAUGGGUUUGUAGGCUUCUCCUCGUUGAAAAAAUUGCAUCAAGAAACAGCUGUCAUGGUAUUAUCGGUACGUUUCGGCAAUGUGUUUGUAGGCUUCUCCUCAUUGAAAAAAUUUGUAUCAAGAAACAGCUGUCAUGAUAUUAGCAAUACGUUUCUGCAACACAUUUGUAGGCUUCUCCUCAUUGAAAAAAUUGUAUCAAGAAACAGCUGUCAUGAUAUUAGAAUGUUUUUACACGUUUAUAGACUU